UCUGGCUUAUUAUUAGUUGGGUUUCUGCUCUCUUUCCCCCUAUCUAUGCAUCCAUCCAUCUAAUGUCAUUCAUUCAUUCAAUUCAAUUCAAUACCCCACCAAAUUCCACCAUUACUCUCGCCUAAAUAUUUACUUCCCCAUAUAAAGUCCGAAUAUUUUGGGCCAAAAAUUGGCCAUUUAGCCUAGAAAAGCCGCAAUUAAGUUCAAAACCGAUUUAGUCUGAAGCGCUUUUACUGAUAAAUAGAGUGUUUCAAUGCUUUUCAAAUGCUUUUGUUAUAGCAACACAGUAACUGCUGCCUCAUUGAACAUAUGGGAUCACAAGACUCAUAAAUUUCCCCUCUCUCUCUCUCUCUCUCUCUCUCUCUCUCUCUCUCUCUCUCUCUCUCUCUUUCUGUGUUCUUACAUUUUACAUUUCAAUGCCCAUCUCAUAUUUUUCUCCCAAACGCCUCUGCUUCUCCUGCCCCCCCCAAAACCUCUCUCUCUCUCUCUCUCUCUCUCUCUCUCUGUUUGAUAGCUGGGGGCUCUAGUUCUGUGCCGCCCCACCUUCCUGCCCUUGUUCAGAGACGUUCUACCGCCUCUGAUUCCGUGACUCAUUUCUCAGAUCGGUCUGAUUGCUCCGUUCUUGUCUCAAAGUGACAUCUUCACAUUGAUCUUGCCGUUCGUUCUAAAACUGUCUGCGGGCCCCAAUGCAAGGGCACAGGGCAACAGUUGCUUCAUUGUCUGACCUUUUUGACCUCGAACAUGGAUCCUCUUCAAGUAAUACUGCAAUAGAUUGGGGUAAUCUAUCAGAGAACCAUGACCCGGAGAACCUGCUUCCACCUAGUAAUAGCAUUGGAUUCAUGAAUGAUCAACUUUUUGAUGACCGAAGCUUCGACCUGACUAGUAAUGAUGUAUUCUCGGUGGGCCAAAGUUCUCUAUCUAGGUCGUCACCAGCAAACCUCGACAUAAAUUCGGGCUUUGUGGGCCAUGGGAGUGAAGAUUCUCCACUUGUAGAGUGCUCUGAUUCAUUGAAGCCCAGUGUACCUGACAACCAAUGGUUUCAAUCUCCCAACAGCUCUGAACCGGAGUCUUUUGCCGGUCCAUCUGGAAGUGGAAUGAAUCUCGAGGAAGAGAAUGAAGAAGGGCCUCAUGGUUCCCUAGAGGGUCGACGCAUGCCUUGUAAGAGAAAGUCUUUUGAAGUGCAUGGAGGCCAAUCCUCAAGGGUCAGGAGCCCUGAUUAUGAUCAGAAUGCAGAGAGUAGUCCUUGUCCAGGUGCUUCUUUGGGCUAUAGUGGUUCAAGCGGUGGUAACUUAGUUAUAUCUGAACGAGCAGAACCGAGACUCAGGUUGGGAGCAAGAGGGCCAACUGCGCGAAGUUUGGAAAGAUUGUCGAGAAACUUCCACUCGAGGUUAAAUGCUCCAAGCCAGCAUCCUUCAGAUCCCAUGGUUGGUUCAGAACUUCUCAGAUCUGAUCUUGGGUUGCUUUUGAGUCAAGAAUCUUCGUCAAGGGACAUGAAUGCUCAAGCGCCGCCUCCUGAACUUCAUAAUCCUGCUUUUCCAUUGAGUGGGGCCAGCAGAAGCUCUGUUGCAGGACCGGAGAGUUCACAAGAAGCAAGUAGCAGUUCGAGAAACACCUUAGAAAAUCAUCCAAUGUUCAUUCCUGCUACUGACUCAAGAACUCUUGUUCAGAGCAGGAGUUUAGGUGGUGGGAGUAUUCGUAUACCGAGAAACUUCCCUCCCUCACAAACUGGCACCAGCUCCACAAUCCAACCGCCUGUCCCUCAUAGGCCUAGGCCGAUGCACUACCCACGGAGAUUAUCGGAAUAUGUGCGGAGGUCUCUAUCCGCUGUUGCUUCCGAGCCUGGAGGAGGCUCAAAUAGCUACUCUGCAAUGGCUUCAGGUCCUUCAGGCUCCUCACAAGAUACGGUAAUUUCAUCAAGACAUGGUAGUAGUAAUAAUCAUGACCGCCAUUCAUUGCCCCUCAGAUCUUCUUAUUGGAUGGAGAGACAGGGUGAUGGAGGUGUGCUUGGACUUCCCUACUCUGUCCGGGCUUUUGCUAACCCUAGUGAAGGGAGAAGAAGGCUAGCAUCAGAGAUACGCAGUGUUUUGGAUAUGAUGCGCAGAGGGCAAGGCUUGCGCUUUGAGGAUUUCAUGAUACUUGACCAGUCGGUAUUGUUCGGGGUAGCUGAUACUCAAGAUCAGCAUCGGGACAUGAGGCUCGAUGUUGAUAACAUGUCUUAUGAGGAAUUACUGGCCUUGGAAGAGCGCAUCGGGAAUGUCAGUACUGGGCUGAGCGAAGAAACGAUAUUGGCACGAUUGAAGCAGUGGAAGUGCGUCGUCAUUGGCUCCCAAUUGGAGACUGAGCCUUGCUGCAUUUGCCAGGAAGAGUACAAUGACGGAGAAGAUCUUGGGACCCUGGAAUGUGGACAUGAUUUCCACAAAGAUUGUAUCAAGCAGUGGCUGAUGCACAAGAACUUAUGCCCCAUCUGUAAAACGAUGGGCCUUUCUACAUAAUCCAUAGGACCGCUGUCUCGUUUCUUUAAUCAUAAGGACCGAGAUGCCAAAAUUGGCAUCUUCCACAGAAGGGCUCGUGGAGGUGAAAUGUGGUAGUCUAUGUAAGAUCUCUCUACGGAGAUAAUGCCAUUUCUUAUGGAGGCGAUACCUCCAAUAUCAGAUAGUAGUUUCAGGACAAUAUCCGACUCAGAUACUAGUCUCAGGACGUUUUAUGACCGAAAUGAAAUGGUUCCAUUCUUUUUUGUGUUAUUUUCCUAAUGUUCUCAGUUCGCCCGAGCUGAGGCUGUAGUCCAUUACUGGAAUUACUAGUACCACCAUUGAAAUUAAUCGAAGAUGCUUGUUUUGUAGUU